AUGUUCAGCUUCAGCUAUCCCUCUGGCGAGCCACAAACUCCCACGAGAACGCCCACCACCCAACCCCUCGAUUCUUUCACUCCCAAGCUCGAGUCUAGCUUCUUCGAUCCCCGGGUCACCUGGGACACCGCCGACCCUUAUGCCUCCAGCCCCGAGUUCCUCCGUUCGCCCCAGAAGCUAGGCCUUCACCCAGACCAAACCGAUACCGUCAGACGGAUUCGCCCUGGGAGACCUUUAGACCCUAUGAGUGAGGAUGGUCCGCGGACCGUGGACUCGGCAAAGUCGGCCGCCUCGAUGCAGACCCCUCCUCCGACCAGUGCUUCAAGAAGGAAGAUUCCGGACUUUGAGCCACUGACCGGUGCCGGCAGGGGAGCUACACCACGGAUUGGAGGGGGAGCAGGAGAAGGAGGAGCACAUUUGGAGACACCCAGCCGUUUGCUAGGAACCUCGCCCCGAAUGUUCGGAAACCUCCAGGCCUCACCGGACCUCUUCCAGCUGGCCUCAUUGGAUUCGACGGGCUCGCCUUUCUUUCCGCAACAACGACUCUUUUGGGACCAGCAAGAUCAGGACCAGAGCCAUCUUCUUCAGAACCAGCAUGCUACGGCCUCCAACGAUAUCCCUUUACCCAGCACCGGUCUUAGUGCUCAUGCUGAGAAACCCUCCAGCUACCCUUCUCUCAAUAACACCCAUUUCCCCCAAUUGCCCGCCAUCGAUGGCUCCAUGGAUCUGCCUGACUUCCACGGAGCGUUUGGCAUCUCCUCCGCUCCUCCAACUGAUGCUGCAUUAUUCCCCGCCCCCUUCUCAACCUCCCCGCGAGUGCCUGUCGCCAAGGCAGAAGACCCAGCCAUGUUUCUCAGCUCACCCGCUCGACGAUUUGGUGGACCUCAACUCACCCCGGAACGAAGACCUCUCAACGGUAUCAGACAACCUUACUACCACCAAACCCAAGAAUAUAAACGGGAGGAGCUGCGCCGUGCCCUCGGUCAGCCGGGAGGACCCCCAAGACCAUUCGGAAGUCUUUCGGAAGAGGACGAAGACGACGAUUUCACACCGCGAGGGAGACGGCCAGGACUGACUCGAAGUGCUACCCAUACGGCUAUUACGAGCUCUGCAUCACGGCCUGUCAGUCAAGCUGGAGGCAUGAUGGCUUCGACGAACGGUAUUCGCAAGAGUCCCUCCAAGGGCCGGGCAUCAGGCCGCUCCUCUCCCGUCAAGACUAUGCGUCCAGCACCUCUCAGUCGAUCUAGUUCUGUUGCAACGAGCCUUCCUACUCGCUCCCGAUCCAUCGUGCUCAGCAUUGGCUCGGAUGGUCGCGCCAAGGCUGAGAUGAAGCCUACAGAUCAGAACCCAACCAGUUUGACUGAUCCCUUAACGGGCAUGGACCUCGAUGGCUCUGCUACCGAAAGUGAGGUGGACCCAGCAGAGUACUCAGAGUAUCCAGUCCUUCAUCGAUCGCAAUCUUCAUUUCCUGUUUUCGAAAAUCGUCCGCCAUUGUCUCGCAGCGACUCCGGCUCUCGACCUCCCUCCAAGGGCUCAUAUACUUCUACAGUAGGCUCCUCGCACUCAGGUCGCAUGUCUCCCUGGGCUGGAUCUUCUCGGGGAGGUACUGGUCGAUCAACUUACCGCGGAUCCCCCGAGGCCGUGAAACGAACACCGAAACGGCACUCUUCAUUGCUGCACUCCGAUGCUUCAUACACCAGAGGCAGCACUGCCUCGCAGGCACUCCCCGGGGACGACUCGGAUAGCGGCGACGCUCAACAUGCGCUGCGCCAAGUGCUGAAAGGGCGCGGCCGAGCUCCAAAAGCGAGACCUUCAACCGGCGGGUAUACUGCUCGCAUGCCACGAUCUUCACAUACGUUUGCCAAUCUUCGCUCUUCACCUCCUCGCCUUCAUAGCGAUUUUGAUAUCCACCACCGUCAAUCCAACCCAUCCCCCACAACUAUGACCGACCCCGAUCUAGCCACACCAAGCACCGAUCGCCAUAGCAAUCCUAGCAACGGGACGCGCUGCGUCUGUCGCUCAAUGGACAAUGGCGGUCAUCUGAUGAUUCAAUGUGAAUCAUGUACGCAUUGGCUACACACUAAGUGUGUUGGAUUAGAGCGUUCCAACCUGCCCUCUUUCUAUGUGUGUCUCUUUUGUGACCAAACCCCAUCCCGACAAAACCGCGUCCGAUCAAGCUACGGUGGCGGCCCACCAUCGCCUCUAGCACACAAAUCCUUUCGAUUCCGGUAG